UGGCAACAAAUUAUAGCACUUAAGUAUAAUAAUAUUAUUACUAUAAUAGUAUUUUUAGUGCUAGUUUUUUUACCACCACAAGUAGACGACAGACGUGUUUACAUCGUUAAUUAUCAUAUACUAUUAACUACUGAAAUAUAGUGAUUAGUCCAGUUUGUCGUGGCACUGUUGAUACAAGCUGGAUAUUUAUUAUUAGUUAUUGUUGUUAUUAAGAAAGCGCAUUAUACAUAAUAAUAAACGCGUAAUUAUUAUCCCUGCCUACCGGUUUAGUAGUCGCUGGUGUUUUUCUAAUUACAAUAACUCGAGCUAUUUCAAUUUUCAAUACAACAGAUAAAGUUGGUUUUCUGUACUUUUGUCUUUUACCAUGAGCGAUAACGACCCAUGCGAAUGUUUUUGGAAUCAUGAAUUAUCCAUGCAACGACUGCUGUCACUGCUACGUCAGUCACAGUCGGCCUGCACAGAUAUUGAUUGCUUGGAACCAGUGCAAAGAUUAGAUGGACCAUUGGCAUCGAAUAGUGAAGAUACUAAUUUUAUCUUAUUAACUGGAAUUUGGGUUGUUAUUGCUUUGGCUUUGUACUUUAUGCGUCCUAAUCCGGCUCGUACACAAGAGGAAACUAUAAAAAAAUCACCAUUUGGUGGAUCUGACAAUAGUGGAUCAGAUGAUCCACCUUCCCCACCUCCUCCAUCAAUGGGAGCCCAGUGAUAAGUUGACGGUACAUUCUACAAGAAUUUUGAGCUUCGCUCAAUCUAAAAUUCCCUUCCAUUAUUCCACAGAUAAUCAUUAUAAUCACAUAGAUUUAAGAAUUUGAAAUUUUAAUUAAAGUUUUCCACUUGACUAAUGAAAUCCACUGCACUAAAGUGAAACAUCAAAUCAUUGUUUUUAUAUUACAAAAAAAUUAAUAUACCUUAACUUUAAACUUGAUAAAAUGUUAUUAUAUAAGCACAUAUAAGAUAAUAAGUUUUCUUUUUCAACUAUUAUGAUAAACAAUAAAGUUAAAUUGGGGAUAUGUAUUAGUUGAGUGGAAAAUAUUAUGAUUAAUAAUUAUUAUACAUUAUAAUAUUAUAUAUUACUUUUAUCAUAUGCAAUAACAAGGAGAGAAUAUGUACAGAAAUGUAUUUAGUAUUUGAAUGUGUGGAUUGAUUUAU